CAUGGGGCUGAGAUCCGUAAAAUGGCGGCUCCCGCGUGGAUGAGGAAGCGGUGCGGCGCAGCUAAACGCGGCGAGCUCACCUCUCGACCUAUCCCGACUGAGAAGCGCUGUGAUCCGCUCUCUGAUUGGGCAAGCAGGGCUCUCGUCAGCAGCGGAGGGGCUACUCUGACCUAUGAUACUCUCAGGUUUGAGUAUGAAGACUUCCCUGAGACCAAAGAGCCUGUUUGGAUACUGGGGAGAACAUACAGUGUAUUCACAGAGAAAGAGGAGAUCCUGUUGGAUGUGACAUCUCGGCUUUGGUUCACAUACAGAAAGAACUUUCCUGCCAUUGGAGGAACAGGCCCCACGUCUGAUACUGGCUGGGGCUGCAUGUUGAGGUGUGGUCAGAUGAUCUUCGCUCAGGCAUUGGUCUGCCGGCACUUAGGCAGAGAUUGGAGGUGGGAAAAAGGGAAGAGGCAGACGGAUAAUUACUUCAACAUACUUAAUGCCUUCAUUGACAAAAAAGACAGCUACUACUCCAUCCACCAGAUAGCCCAGAUGGGAGUUGGAGAGGGCAAAUCGAUAGGCCAGUGGUACGGACCAAACACAGUUGCACAAGUGCUCAAAAAACUUGCCACUUUUGAUACAUGGAGCUCAUUGGCAGUGCACAUAGCCAUGGACAACACUGUAGUGAUGGAAGAAAUCAGAAGGUUAUGCAAGUCCAAUUUCUUGUGUGCUGGGGCUGCAGCGUUCCCUGCUGCAGAGUCAGACCUGCUCUAUAAUGGGUUCCCGGAUGGAGCAGAGGUUACAGAUAGGUUGUCGCAAUGGAAACCAUUGGUGCUGCUGAUACCUCUUCGCCUUGGGCUCACGGAUAUCAAUGAAGCUUAUAUUGAAACACUAAAGCACUGCUUCAUGAUGCCUCAGUCCCUGGGAGUGAUUGGAGGGAAACCCAACAGUGCUCAUUACUUCAUUGGCUAUGUAGGUGAGGAGCUAAUUUACUUGGACCCCCACACUACCCAGCCUGCAAUGGAACCCAGUGACAAUGGCUGUAUCCCGGAUGAGAGCUUCCACUGCCAGCACCCCCCCUGCCGAAUGAGCAUUGCUGAACUUGACCCAUCCAUCGCAGUGGGCUUUUUCUGCAACACAGAGGAAGACUUUCAUAACUGGUGCCAGCAAAUCAAAAAGCUGUCCCUGCUAAGAGGAGCUCUGCCAAUGUUUGAACUGGUAGAACAUCAGCCUUCACACUUUUCCAGCCCUGAUGUUCUGAAUCUCACACCAGACUCUUCUGACGCAGACAGUGCUGCCUGUCUUCACCCAGAAGCUGCCUGCUCUUAUAAAGGGCAACCUUCUCUCAGAGGUGAAGCACUUCCUCUCUGGACAUUACCCUGAGGUUUUCCACAAGGUCUGAAGAUGACAACCAAAAGGGGAGGAGAAACCCAGUUUAAAUAAAAGGAGGAAGGAAGAAAAUAUGUACGUGAGGGCCAUAGUCUUACUGGAUAAGUCAUUGAAACACCAAGGUGCUCAAGAUGGAUUGACAAAUACAGCAGUGAGGUGUCUUCAUUAAAGUGUCUGUUAAGAGAGCUAGACAGAGUCCUGUGAGAGGGUGAGAUGUUUUUAAAUCUUAAGAGCCUGAUAUUUCUUUUAGUUAAAAUGGUGGGGGGAGGGGAGGAGGUGCUGAGGCAGAACAGGAAGACUGAGAAUCUACCAUUUCCUUUCUCAUACCUAAAGCCUUUUUUGACUCCAUAGGCUGCCUGGUGUUGGUAUGUAAGGUUUCACCUUUGUGAAUUAAUCUUUAACCCAACAGUUUUUGGUGAUACAAAGCACCUUGUGUAGCACCACUCCUCCUGGGUUGAUUAAAUAGUUCAAGCUACUGCUCCUAUUGGACUCUGUGCUUUCAAAAUGAUGUACAAGGGGGCUUGAAAUUUAACAGGACAUAGAAUAUAUUUGUUGGCUGAUAGGUACCAUUUCAUUUGCUAUUCUGCAGCUUCCCUCUAUGAUCCUUCUAGCACAGUGUGGCAAAUGCAUACUGUAGAAGCUAGGUCAGAGAAAUCUAUUUUAAGUGAUCUGAAGAUGUCAGGGGAAAAAAAUGGUUGCCUAGAAAAGUUGAUAGUUAAACAUCAAACACAAUUGUACUGGAAACCUUGGAGUUACUUUAAUAACUUUACAUUAACUUGCGUGUGGCCCAUAAUAUCUAUAUUUAGUAAAAAUGAGAGCUGGAUCAAAAACAGAUGCAUAGGAGAACUGUGUCCUGGUGUGAGCCACCAUAGAAGCUACUGAAGUCUUCUCCUUUCUCCAGGGCUUCUGCAGAUGGCAAAUCCAUGUUUGCAAUGUAUUUUCCUGCAUUUUGGAACAGCACUUGUCAGUUGAUGCUUUUGUGCCCAGAAAGUACAUAAACUGGCCAUAAAUGCUCUCCUCCAUGACAAGGCUGACUGGCAUAUUAUCUACCCAUAAUCUCCCAGAGAGCCAGAGGUUUUACCUCUUGAGCCAUGAUGCUUCUGUCACCAAAUUACUUGCUGCUUUCUCUCUGCUGCUGUUCCUCCUCAUCUCUUGCAUUAAUUUUAAGGGGGGAGGGGAGAUAGUGGACGAAGUGGGGCUGUGCUCCAUGCAUCAACUGCUUUCAAUUUGUAUCUGAAUAAACAAACUUAAAAUCUUUG